AUGUCGAGCAGUAGCUUCAAUAAGUCGUGUUUGAAGGACUGCUUGCGGUUAGGAUUGGAGAUGAAUCGGAAAGAUGAUGAGUCGGAUAUUGCUAAGGCUAGCGUGGAUUGCGUGGUGAAGGAUGUUACUAGUAUUGUUAGCAGGAUCGGGCAAGCUCAACAGGUAAGCUAUACGGGGUGA